AUGGCAUCUGAAGAAGACGCUGCUGAUGCUAUGCCUUCACAUAUAGAUAUAAAUGAUAUAUCAAAAACGUUUGGUGAUCCAGCACAAUUAUUUCAGUUGUUAGACAAGAAUAAUGAUGGGCGUAUAACAAAAGAAGAUUUACAAUUAUUAUUAGAACAAUUUGGUGUUCCUGGCGCUGCAAGUAAUAUUGUAUCGAAAUAUAUUUUUCAACAAUUAGAUGCUAAUCAUAACGGUAUAAUUGAAACAAGCGAUCUUGCAAAUGCUGGUAACAUCCUCUGGAAUCUGCUUAAAAAGAAACAAAGUAGUGCUAGUGAUUAG